AUGUAUAAUGCUCCCAAACCUGUCCAAUGGUUGUUGCGCAAACUGCCUAUGGAAAGACGGUCAAAGGGCGUGCAGCAUCACCAUUGCUAUUCUACGAAAGUCCGGCCUAGGAGCCACCCGAAAGUCAAUCCCGGCAAGGUGGUUCUCCAAGGAAAGGUGACCAAGCUGAAACAAGAAGUAAGGUAUUUUGAUCAGACCUUCAAAGUAAUCCGGACUGCCAUGCUCGAUUUUCUCAAUGGAAACCCCAAUAAAACACAACAAUUUCAAAUCAAUGGUGGGUUGAUCUCUCUGAAAUCCCAUGUUGAUGGAGUGUUGGAAGCCAUGGAGCGUGUUUCUUUGAAGGAAGAAAACGCAGGAGACGACAAGAAAGAUGAUGAGGAAGACAACAAGGUGGAUGAAGAGUCAGAUGAAGAGUCAGAUGAAGAGUUAGAGGAAAAGCUAGAGAAGAAGUCAGAGGCAGAGGAGGUGGAAGAAGAUGAAGAAGACGAGGAGGAAGACGAGGAGGGAGACGAUUGA